CUGGUUUCUAUUUCUGACAAAAAAAAGUUGAUGGGCCCCCUAUAAUGGGUAUCAUCAUGAUCAAGGUGGAAAACUUGAGAAACUGGCAUCUCUGAUUGACUCCAAUCCUCUUUAUGUUCUUUGGCUUCUCUUGCCAUGCCGAGACUGCUUCGAGUCUUUUUAGGUGAUGCUUUCUUUCCUGUACUGAAUCAUGGUACCUCUACCAGUGUACAUCUGUAAGAUCUCUAGCCUAUCCUCUUUUCCUUUCCUUCAUGUGGAAUCCUUCAGAUUGUUACUGUAUGAUAUCAAAUCACUCUUUUGUGGAACUAAAAUGAUUUAGAAAUAUUUUGUACCAUGGUUGCAGCUUUUCAUUUGUAUCUAUAUUGAUAGCUUUCAUGGCAGCUUUUCUUACAUGAGUGGUGGUGGGUAGCAUGCAGGAUACUGCACCUGGUCUCUCUUUUCCUUUCUUUUAUUCCCACCACCAUGACAUUGCCUGCAUGAUCUUUUGGAAUGUGAUAUCGGCUUUUUAAAAUAAGCCACCAACCGUUGUAGUGAACCUUGAGUUGAUGGUGAUCUCUAAGAAACAAAGUACAGGUUUUAUAAUGAGCAAGGGGGGAGGUUGUAAAGCAAAGAAGAAGAUCGAAGCACACUAAAGGGAUCAACUUGUUUUUCCCUUGGUUGCAAAGUUGCAGUUAAGUGGAACUGAAGCUCUUAACAGUAAUAUUCGCUGCGAAAUAGAGGCCAAAGCUGAAGACCAUGAAUGGCUUUGGGGAGAGAACAAAGUCAUGGAGUGGAGACCCAACUCCAUCAGAACCAACUAAUCGAGAUGCGUCUUGGAAGGACAAUAUUGGCACAUCCAUGAAUGCCAUCUCUUUUGGCUUUGCUGCAACGGCAGUCUUGGUUUCUAUGUUCCUCAUCAUGGCAAUAUUUGAACAUUUGAUCAAACCAAGAGCCUCCUUCCUUCGGUCUCAAAAUGAUGCCCAAGGACCCUUGGAGCCAAGACAGACACAGACUCAGAACCAUUCACUUGGAAAGACUCAGAAUCCACCAGUAGCAGGAACCUCGUGCCAGUCCAACUUCUCUGUGUUGAUGCCUGGACAGCAAUAUCCUACCUAUCUUGCUCAACCUGCUCCUCUUCCUUGCCCAAGAGAGGGGAUUUACUGGCCCCCCCAUGAUAACAAUCAUGCCUUCAUCUCUCCAUAGUCCUGUAAUUGUAGUGACUCUAUGAAAGUCUUGCACAAGAGUGUAGAGGUAGAAAAUGUUCAUGUUCAAUGGCAGCUAUUCUAUGUAUUAGAAAGGACGGAACCAAGAAUGUGCGAAAUAACAAUCACCCACCGUAUUUACCUGUAAAUUUCUGUAGGAAAUUUCUGAUACAUUUGUUCAUAUAUAGGUUUGGUUUCUGAGAGUGUUUUAACCCAAGGAAUGACAAUUGCAAGUUCCUUCUUCCAGUCCUGAAAGU